GAGAGAGAGAGUAGAAGGCCGAAAACACGGAGCGAAAAAGCGUCACGAGCGAGAGAGGAAGGAAGAGAAGAGAAGAGAGAUAGGGAGAGCGAGCGUGAGAGGAAGAUCUUCGAUUUAGGGUUUUCAAUUUCGUAUUCAGCAAGGCGGCGAGUGUGAGAUUUUUAGAGAGAGAGAGGUGAGGACGCUGAGUGCUCUGCUGAGAGAUUCCAUAACCCCAAGAGGAAGAGGAGGAGGAGAAGGUGGAUAGAUUUUUUUUCCUUUUUUUUUGUGCUGUUUAUUUAUCCUCAGAGCGGUGGAUAGGGAUUUUUCACUCUGCAGCGUUCCGUUCCAUUGUGAUUUGUUGAAGUUUCUGAUGGAGCAGCGAAAGCUUGUGGUUUUGGGGAUUCCGUGGGAUAUCGAUACUGAGGGAUUAAGGGAAUAUAUGAGCAAGUUUGGUGAGCUGGAAGAUUGCAUUGUCAUGAAGGAGCGGUCAACUGGACGGUCUCGUGGUUUUGGAUAUGUUACAUUUGCUUCAGUGGAUGAUGCUAAGGAAGUACUAUCAAGUGAGCAUAUUCUUGGUAAUAGGACGCUGGAAGUCAAAGUGGCAACACCAAAGGAGGAAAUGAGGGCACCGGUCAAAAAAGUUACUAGAAUAUUUGUAGCCAGGAUUCCACAAUCAGUAACAGAAGCUACUUUCAGAAGUCAUUUUGAGAAAUAUGGUGAAAUAACAGAUUUGUACAUGCCAAAGGAUCAAGGCUCCAAAAUGCAUCGUGGAAUUGGUUUCAUCACUUUUGCUAGUGCAGAUUCUGUGGAGAAUUUGAUGUCAGAAACCCAUGAACUGGGAGGUUCUGCUGUGGUGGUUGAUCGAGCUACACCUAAGGAUGAUGACUUUAAGCCAAUUGGCAGAAUGCCGCUGCCGCCGCCAACACAAGGAGGAUAUGGCGCAUACAAUGCUUAUAUUUCAGCAGCCACUAGAUAUGCAGCACUUGGUGCUCCUACUUUGUAUGACCAACCUGGCCCAAUUUAUGGAAGAGGAGACCCUUCUCGGAGAACUAGUAAGAAAAUUUUUGUUGGCCGUCUUCCCCCAGAAGCAACUUCUGAUGAUCUUCGUCAAUAUUUUGGAAGAUUUGGUCGUAUAUUAGAUGUUUAUGUUCCAAGGGAUCCUAAGAGAACAGGUCAUAGAGGUUUUGGAUUUGUUACUUUUGCUGAAGAUGGUGUAGCAGAUCGCGUCUCUCGAAGGUCUCAUGAGAUUUGUGGACAUCAGGUGGCAAUAGAUUCGGCUACUCCUGUUGAUGAUGCAGGGCCCAGUGGGAAUUUUAUGAUGAAUAGUAUGGAAUCUUUUGGGGGAUAUGGUGGUCCUGUGCGAUCUUAUGGGAGGAUGUAUGGUAGCUUAGACUUUGAUGAUUGGGGUUAUGGAAUUGGGAGACCAUCAAGAGCAGAUUGGAGGUAUAGACCAUACUAGUAGGACACAACUUAUUGGUGCCAGCGAACUGUGGUGCAGUUGUUUAACUAUGAUUUUUAAAGUUUGUAAGAACUAUAGAUUGGAUUUUAUUUUAUCCAUCGUAAACCAGAAAUACUUUUUUCUUUGAACAUAUUGUUAUCUUGUAUCCAUUUGUACUAGUGCAGAUGAUGGAAAUAUGAUAUAUUCUAGAACGACAAUGUUACAUUUCGUGCUAUGAAUUGUUCAUUGUGUAUUGUCAGUGGAGGUGAUGCUGAUGCAUAAUCCAGAAUAAAUUAGUCAUA